UGAAACGUAACGUUGUGCCAAAGCCAACAAAAUGAUAACGUCCGAAUUUUUUCGAUCUGAUUCUGAAAUCAGUUUAUAUGCAAAAUCUAUAUAACUUUUUCGUAUAUUUUAUAUAACAACCGUGUAAUGUUGAUUGGUGUAUCAUUUUGGCUCGUUUUAUUUUAAUUUUUAAUUCAUAUAGAAUGUACCGUUUGUACCACGUAGUAUAAGUAUCUGUUACUAUAAGCUUUGUCGUAGAAAUCGACGUGUAGAAAUAGAAAAUUGGUACAAACAUUAUCGACAUCAAUCGACAAUCAUUCAAAAGUGUUUUAAUUAUUUGAUAAUCGCAUGCACCUACUUAUAUUAGUAUGUGACUAUCGCACAUGUGUAUUUGUCUUCCAACUAUCAAAACGGGCAUUAUAGCGUCACGUCUCAUCAGCGCUCAAAUAACUAGACAUGCGACAGUGUCAGUGGACACGAACUCAUCGGCGUCGCCAGAAAGACCAGCGAUCACCACAUCUACCGCUGUGGUCGACGACAUUAAGCAGCAGCAAUGUACCACAGCGGUAACCGUAAGCAACCACCACCUGUGCGAUCCGCAGCAAUCGACUGUAGGAACCACUACAGCUACUGACGGCCCGCGAGAUUCGCAAGGGGUAGCCUGCAUCAAGACUGAAUCUGUGACGUCGACGGUGGUUACGACCUCCCCGCGACCAAUAUGUCCGAACUUGCCCUACUCACCCGCGUGUUCACCGCGGUUCGCUAGACGCCGGCCGCCAUUGCGCGAGUGUCGCGUGUCCGUCAACGUGCAGAGCUUAGACGAUCCGAAUGCUCAUCAAAAGCUCAACCAGUACAAACUCAUUGACUCUAUUGGACAGGGAUCAUAUGGACUUGUAAAAUUGGCGUACAACGAACUAGAUGACAAACAUUAUGCUAUGAAAAUAUUAUCGAAGAAAAAGUUAAUGAAAAAGUCUGGCUGUUUUGGUAGACUUAACGCCAGACGUAAAGGGGCCAACCCAUUAGACAAAGUAUACAGGGAAAUAGCUUUGUUGAAAAAACUUGAUCAUCCUAAUGUAGUGAAACUAGUAGAAGUUUUAGAGGAUCCAGAUGAAGAUCAUCUUUAUUUGGUUUUUGAAUUAUUGGAGCGUGGAGAAGUGAUGCAAGUUCCUGGUGAUCCUCCAAUGUCUGAAUCAAAAGCCAGGUCAUACUUCAGGGAUAUUUUAUUGGGCUUAGAAUAUUUACACUUUCAGCGGAUCGUACACAGGGACAUAAAACCGUCGAACUUAUUGAUCGAUGCAAGCGGGCACGUGAAAAUCGCUGACCUAGGCGUAUGCAACGAAUUCGAUGGAAGUGACGACUUGUUGAGUUCAAGUGCAGGCACGCCGGCGUUUACGGCUCCUGAAGUGCUGGAUCCGUCGACGAAAACGUACAGCGGUCGAGCGCUUGACGUGUGGGCACUGGGUUGCACGUUGUAUGCGUUCGUCUACGGUCGGUUGCCGUACACUGCUGACACAGUGCUGGCGGUGCACGAGCAGAUUCUCACACAACCAGUGCAGUGGCCGGUCGAACCAGAAACGUCUCCACAACUGGUGCAUCUGUUGCACCGCCUCCUGGACAAGGAUCCAGAUACUAGGAUUACAUUACCGGCCGUUAAACAACACGACUGGGUGACUAGGGCGGGAGCCGAGGUACUACCCACUGAGCGGGACAACUACUGUCGGGAGCCGGUCGAGGUUAGCGAAGAGGAAAUGAUGAACGUUGUCAAGUCCAUACCUAAGCUUAACACCCUGAUACUGAUUAAAGCUAUGUUGAAGAAUCAUUCGUUCCUUAAUCCGUUUGCAGCAGACGAAUCGAAACGAAAACUUCAGUCAUCCAACCGUUCACACUCGGCACCCGGAGCGUGCUCUUGGUUUGGAUCAAGAUCCUUAUCCACGGAGACAACCAAUCUACAGCCUGUCAAAGAACAUGCCGUGAAAGAAAAAUGAUUACCUACUAUGUUAUUUUUAUAUAUUAAUUCUUUUUACUUAAAUUAUAUAAUAUUAAAAAUUUGACCAAAA